AUGAGUCAACCAAAUAAAAAAAUCACCAAAGCCAGAAUAGAAGGCGUAAAGAGCGCUGACCUGGAGAUAUUCAAGAGUUCCUUGAUUCCUUUUAACGCUACAGUGGAGAAGUACAGGGAUAAAGAAGAAAUAGCCAUAGUGACAUUCAAGGUGGGCAUAGAAAAGAAACACCUGGACGGAAUCGGAAAUUAUAUCGUUAAGCCAAUGGAAUUCGAAGAUGAGCCCGGCGAACAAACUUUGAGAAAGCGAAACACGAAUUUAAUUUGUGAUCGGAUAGUGGUAGAUGAGCAUGACAUUAUCAAGUUUUUCCUCAACUCCACGGUAAUCGCCCCCAUUGUAUUUGUCCUACUAAGUCUCCUGAUAUUCUUUUCAAUUUUCUAA